CGCCGGAAGAAAAGCGAGCGGGAGAAGCAAGAGGGUUGAAAGGCGUAAGGAUUCUGAGCGGCGAGAAAUAUGUGGCGGCUGGAGGCGUGAAACUCGAAGAACGCUAAGAAGAGAACACGAACGAAGAAGAGUAGAUGCGUGUUCUGCGCACCUUCCGGCGGUUUUAUGUCUCCCUUGGUGUACGGAGAAAAGAGUGAGCUCUCGGUUGGUUGUUCUGCAGUCGUUGCAUGUUCGAUAUGAGAGAGGGGACUUCAGGUUACCAGCCGACAGUGUUGGGGCAGCUGACCGUCGUGGGUGUUUUUCUGGUCCGAACUGGUCUUGUUGCUUGACGUCAUUGUUUCGUCUCGAGGAAGUCGCCGCUUGGUAAUAUCCUGUGUGGAUUGCGUGCCUGCCCAUAAGAGGUCGAGUGCGAGCGCGAUCAUAUCUGUACUGGUCUUUUGCUCAUUGGUUAAGGACAAUCGUGUGUAUGUGGGGGGGGGUUCAUUCUGCCUGCGCAUCUCUGUGCAUUCGUUCGCGUUUGUGGGGACACUCGUUAAUCGGUCUGUCAGUGGGUCGUCUCAUGUUCGGUUAGCGGUAGUUCGGUGGGAGGAUAGGUUGUACGGUGUUGGGUCACUCUGCCCUGUGCGUGGGGACGCUCGCCCCUUUCCUUUGUCAUUGGGAUCGUGCUCGGCUAUCGACCGGUAGUUCAAGUUGGUGCAAGGAGAGGUCCCCGACCGGUAGUUGCUGGAGCCUGGAAGGAAAGGUCCGUAAGAUUCGCGGUGAUUGAUAGAAAUGGAUUACGUUAGGGACAUGCGGCAGCGGGUUAUGGAGUACUAUAGAGCGGGAGGAGACAACACCGCAAGUCGGCGGAGGGUCAUCGUAACGAGUGCCGCGGUGGUGGGUGGCGCAUGGCUGUUCAUGAGGCGGCGGAAUCAAGUGUCAAGGGGCACGAAAGUGCCCACCCCGUCCAAUCAGACGGCUCAUAGGUCAGGGCUUGACACACAUGAGGGACCCACUUCGAAAACCGCACCCCGCAAGUGAGCUAGGGAGGGAGGCACCGGGGUGAGCUAGGGAGGGAGGCACAGGCAAGAUGGCGGCGGCCGCAGGCGGCGCAUGGGUGGCGCGAGGGUUAUGACGAGCCGGCGGAACGCUCGUAGGCGGCACAUGGCUGAUGAUGAGGCGGCGGACGCAACUCCUGGAGGGAGACGAAAGUCCCGACGUGCACAACCACACGCGUCAUAAGGCGGGUCUUGACUCGCAUCAUGAGGGAUGGACUUCAAGAAAACACACCCCGUUCCAAACGAGCGAGGGGGUUGUGGGCUGUUGACAGGAGAGGGGGAGGGGACAGAAGAGUUCAAAGGGAAUGUUUGGUCGGUGACAAUCAGAAUCCUUUGUGAAAAUUAGGGAGAGGGAGAGGCCGAGGGGAUGGUUGGUCAGGGGCAUUCAGAACCCAGUGUGUAUCCGGACGGAUUAUUCGUUCAGAUGAUUGUUGAGCUGGAGAUGGAGAGGGAACAGGGAAGCUCCGAGGGUAUGGUUGGUCAGGGGCAUUCAGAACCCAGUGUGUAUCUGGACGGAUUGUUCGGUCGGAUGGUUGUUGAGCUGCCAUCGGUAUCGAGACGGAUUUGCGGGUCAAGGGGACACUGGGGAGUUUUGUCAUCCUUCCGAUGUAUAUGCGAAGGAUAAGGUCACGUUCUGUGCCGAGGACGAGCUGGGCUCGCACGGCAGAAUCACCCUGGCAAAAAAGAAAGAAGGACCGGACGGAUUGUUCGGUCGGAUGGUUGUUGAGCUGCCAUCCGUAUCGAGACGGAUUUGCGGGUCAAGGGGAGACUGGGGAGUUUUGUCAUCCUUCCGAUGUAUAUGCGAAGGAUAAUGUCAUGUUCUGUGGCGAGGAAGAGCUGGGCUCGCACGGCAGAAUCGCCCUGGCAAAAAAGAAAGAAGGAAAGAAUCGCCCUGAAUCUUUGAGGACUCGCCGAGUUACGUGUGGAUUGGAAAAAAAGGACUGUCCGAGAUGGCAUGCAGGAUGACGCUGGGACGAAAAAAAAAAAAAAAGAGAAAGAAGGUGCAAGCUGACGUCUGAGAGGACUGCCGAUAUGCUGUGUGUCAGUAGUUCAGAAUCGAGAGGAAGGAAAGAAAAGUGCUUCAGGUGGCACGUAGGUAAUUGUACAGAGGGUAGACAGUGCGAGAAGUUCCGUGUGCAUGGGCCGUUUGCCGGUGCACGAAUUCUAGGUUGAAAGGGUGCUUGUGUCGUCUGAGAGGACUGUUGAAGUACUGUGUUGUUCAUAGCUCAGAAUGGCGAAAAAGAGGAGCAAAGUGCUACAGAUGGCACGUAGAUAAGUGUACAGAGGGGCCGGUUGCUCGUGCACGAAAUGUAGAUUGAGAGGUCUGUGUUGCCCGUUUUCUCGUGCACGAGAGUUGUAGAUUGUGGUUGUAGAUUGUGUGUGUGUGUGUGUGUGUGUGUGUGUGUGUGUGUGUGUGUGUGGGCCGUUUGCUGGUGCACGAGUUGUAGAUUGUGUAUGCGUGUGUGUGUGUUCUGAUGGAAUACGAAAUGUGGUAAUAAGACUUGAGGAGAGGGGGAGCUGGAUAUGGCUUUCUACACGGCAACGACUUGCAAGAAAGCAGGCGAGCUCUCCGAGCAGCACUGCUGUCCGUGUUAUAGCUGUUUGGGCUGAGUCAGUAGUCUUCAUCGCUUGGAUGUUUACCGCUAAGUUGGGGUAGUUUUAGUGCUCAUCAUUUGUAUAAUAAAACGCACACCCGCCG